GUUGUUACUCACGAUUACCCCGUACAGCGGUAUCUCUAAUAAAAUCUACAUGAUUCAAAAUGGCGGCCCACUUGACCAGAUUGGGUAUUACAAAAUAUUUACUAAAUUCUGCAUCUCUCAGACGGCUCGUCCCAAGCGUCUCGCGGUGCGUGCAGACCAGCUCUUGUGUUAGAGGUCUCGAGGAAUUCUUUCCUCCGGGAGUGCUUGACAGGGGCGAACUCGCGCCAGAAAAAGUAAAAACAGGUAGAAGAUGGAGGGCUGGAGAGUUGCGGAUUAAAAGUAAUGAAGACUUGCAUAAAUUGUGGUAUGUGCUUUUGAAGGAGCGUAAUAUGCUGGACACACUUAUGCAUGAGGCUAAGCGACAAGGUGUCCCAAUGCCUUCACCUGAGAGAUACCACAAGGUGAAGAAGUCGAUGGCUAUGGUCAAGCUUGUUCUUGGAGAGAGGGAGAGGGCAAUACAAGAAUUAUCCCAACAACAAUGGCCCUUUGAUGUUCAAGACCCUGCCCUGGAAAGUACCAGCAAGGAUCUAAAAGAGACACCAAUUAAAGAGACUUCUCCAGUACAGGCUGCUACACUAAACAUGACAAAGAUGGAGGAAAACCAACAGGAGUUAUCUGGAAACACAUCAGAUCCAGAGCAGACAAUACUCAAACCAGCAUGACAGCUUGCUUAUGUUAUUGAUGUAUAGGAAGGGCAGAUAGGGUUGAUCUUUUGGUAAUUGGUUUGCCAAAAGAAUCAUUAAAUUAAUAAAUGGCUUCACAUA